GUACGAUCCAGUUGGUCCGAUGAGGUUACCUCCGCCCUUAGAAGUAAAAGCGGUGGCAGAAGGCAAAGAUGACGGACCACAACGCGCAUCUCCAGUCACUGUCAAAAAAAGCUUGGCCCGAAAGGGUCCCACAGGCUGGAAGCAGCUGACAAUUUUUCAAAUACACGACAAAUUUCGGGCCAAGCUUUCUCCAAACUGCGGUAACAAGAAGUUACGGAAACGAUGUUUGUCCACGAUGCUGGAUGAAGACUGUCGAGUUGACGCCAUGGACUACAUAGAGCUGAAUGAGUUUGUCAAGAAAAACUCACGCUUCGUUCCUUUACUUGACGACAAGGAGUACGUUUUCCCCUGGGAGAAAAAUUACGUCAUUCAGAAGCCUUUGAGUAAUGAAAAGAAACUUCCUGAUCUGGAACAGUCAAAGAUUACUGUUCUGAGCCACCGAGAGGAGAACGGUUUAGUCACGUGCCGCCAACAUGAAGAACUCGUUCUUCGAGCUGACAUAUACGACAGUUAUGGGAAAACCCGAUCAUUGGGCGGGGAUGACGUCAGAGCCUGGAUGACAAAGGCCACCACGCCGAAUAUAACCAGUGCUACACUUCACGUGGUGGAUUGGAAGAAUGGCACCUACACGCUUUCCACUCCGUGUCUCUGGCUGGGCCAGUCUCAGCUGAUUGUCGUAGUGCCGUACCCGAGGGAGUAUCUGCGAAUGACCUUGGUCCAGAGGCGGAAUGGAAGAACGAGAUAUAAGGCGGGACUCUUUCAGAAAAACAACAUCACGGAGUCCACAAUAUGCUGGUCCACUCCUAACCUCUUCCACCCGUGCCUCUGUAACUACACCACCCAGAACACCCUGCCAUUUUACUGCGGACAACCAGCGGACCCCAGACUGACCUGUGAUGAUUGGGCUGGGGUCAAUUCUUUGUGGUCUGUGCAACCAGCCAACCUGACUUCCGCUGAGAACAGGAUGAUACAGACAAUUGUAAGAAAACCAGAGGAAGUUGCAAUCAAGCACCCGCUGACAAUACGUACAACGAAAUCUUCAAAAG